AUUAACGUAUACACUCACACACUCAUGCGUAUACACAUAUUGAGCAAAAAAAAACUCUCUCUCACAUCGACGAAACGUCAAAGUAAAUUAUUUCGCCCAAUAGUCGACUAGCUGUUUAAUCGACUGAAUCUCUCGAUUGUACUGCAAUUUUCUUGUUUUUUUCUUUAUUUUCCACUUUACGGGUACCAGUUCAUUCAUUUGGCCGUUGAUCAUCGGAAUUGAAAGUAAAUAAUUCGUUGCAGAAUGCAGAACAAUUUGAGAAAGUUGGUGACAAUCGGAGCUAAGAGCUCAGUCGGAUUCCGUAGCAAUUUCGGUUUAUUGGGAACGUUUGCCAAUCGUGCGUAUUCAACGCAACAUGAAGCCGAUUUGGUGGUGAUCGGUUCAGGACCUGGUGGCUAUGUUACUGCCAUCAAAGCCGCUCAACUUGGAUUCAAAACCAUUAGCGUUGAAAAAGAGGCAACAUUGGGUGGAACCUGCUUGAACGUUGGCUGCAUCCCAUCAAAGGCUUUGUUGAACAAUUCCCACUACUAUCAUAUGGCCCAUUCGGGCGAACUCGCCAGCCGUGGUAUCAACGUAAACAACGUUGAACUCGAUUUGGAGAAAAUGAUGGGCGAAAAAUCGAAAGCUGUCAAAGCAUUGACCGGCGGUAUUGCACAGCUGUUCAAAAAGAAUAAAGUCGAUGUGGUACGUGGACACGGCACAAUCACCUCACCAAAUGAAGUUUCAGUACAAACCGAGGGUGGCGUUGAAACGAUUCGCACACAAAAUAUCAUCAUUGCAACCGGUUCAGAGGUCACACCAUUCCCGGGCAUUGAAAUCGAUGAAGAACGCAUUGUGUCCAGCACUGGCGCUCUUAAAUUGAGUGAAGUACCGAAAAAUAUGUUGGUCAUUGGCGCUGGUGUCAUUGGCUUGGAAUUGGGUUCAGUGUGGUCACGUUUAGGUGCCGAAGUAACAGCUGUUGAUUUUCUUGAUGUUAUUGGCGGUGUUGGCAUGGACGCUGAAGUAUCAAAAUCAUUCCAGAAAAUCUUAGGCAAACAAGGACUUAAAUUUAAAUUGGGCUAUAAAGUUACCGGAGCAUCACGGCAAGGCGACUCAGUCACUGUUUCAUUGGAAAAGAAAGACGGCAGCACCAAAGAAGAUGUCACAGCCGAUGUUGUUCUUGUGUCCGUUGGUCGUCGACCAUAUACACAAAACCUUGGAUUGGAACAAGUUGGCAUUGUUUUGGACGACAAAGGCCGAGUUCCAGUCAAUGGCCGCUUCCAAACUAUCGUACCCAGCAUCUAUGCCAUCGGUGAUGUAAUCCACGGUCCAAUGCUUGCUCAUAAAGCCGAAGACGAGGGAAUUAUCUGUGUUGAAGGUCUGAAAGGUGGUCACGUGCAUAUCGAUUAUAAUUGCGUACCAAGCGUUGUUUACACACAUCCAGAAGUCGCCUGGGUUGGCAAAUCAGAAGAACAACUUAAAGCCGAAGGUGUCGAAUACAAAAUCGGCAAAUUCCCAUUCUUAGCCAAUUCACGCGCCAAAACAAACAACGACACCGACGGUUUCGUUAAAGUGCUCGCUGACAAAGCCACCGACCGGAUACUUGGAACACAUUUGAUUGGACCUGGAGCUGGUGAACUAGUCAAUGAAGCCGCUUUGGCCAUGGAAUACGGAGCAUCGGCCGAAGAUGUUGCUCGUGUCUGCCAUGCACAUCCGACCUGCGCUGAGGCAUUGAGAGAGGCAAAUCUCGCCGCAUACUGCGGAAAACCAAUCAACUUCUAGACGAAGCCAACCUUAACGUAAUGAAAAUAAAAAAAAAACUCACUUAAAUUUAAACGACGAAUAAACAUGAAAUAAAUACCAGAAACAAACAAAACUUUGGUUACUGAAAACAUGAAUUUAACAAACAACAAAAAUGGAAAUGUGUGGCUUUGCGGAGCGCUGCAUCCCAACGAAUUUCUUUACAAUGCAAUACUGGUCGAUUCCAUUUUGUCGAUUUAUUCAUUGCAUCGUGAAUAUCUCGCAUUUUAUUUAUUUUCCUAGUUUGAAUGAAUGAAUAAUGAAAAACAAAACGAAAGGAGACCCAGGCCCUUUGCAUAGCUCAUCGAAUAACACAUAUUAGCGUUUGUAUAUACUAUAGAGUUAAACUUAUCGAAAUAAAAUAAAAUCAUCAAGUUGCACGUCCGAUA